AUUGUUCUCAAUACAACGAGCAGACAUCGAAAUAGAUCAAUAUGCAGUUUUUAAAAGUUGUAGCAUUUCUAAAUUUACUAGUCGUGUGUAUGUCAGCAGAAACUUAUUCCAAUUCAACGCAAGUUUUAAGUCGUCGAAAAAGAUAUAUUGCGUUUCCAGAUGGUUCAUCCGUUUCGGCUGCCAUCUGUUUAACCAUUGGAGUGGUGGGAAAUCCUCAUGUAGAUUAUUUAAGUUGGGCCGUGAAUUGGGGUGUGGCCUACAAUUUGCCAAAUUAUGCCUGGGCUCGUAAACAUGCUCAGGGAUUUUCUAAUAUAACUAAAGCCAUAAUACAAAGACGUUCUAGAAGGGAACUCUUUGAGAAACUCGAGUUAAUGAUUGACAACAUGGGAUUCAGUGGUAAUACCUGCAUAGCACGAGCUCUUUGUGAAAGUGCUCAAAUUUUGCAACAUUUAAGACAGCGACGAGGCAACAUGGUUGAAGAAAUAGUCAAAACUAUUUUUAGUUUACCCACAGCACCGGUGGAGUAUCAUGAGCCUGAGAAACAUCAUUUAUAUGAUCGUUUAUAUCGACGUGCGAAACGUUCCGAAAUUAAUUGUGCCGUGGAAUAUUCCUCAUGUCGCUUCUCAUUGCUAGAAAUGGCUUUGGGCAAAUAUUCAGUUGGAUCAACGAAAUUAAGUCCGGGUUUUGUUUUUAUGUAAAAUUACUUUACUAAUAUCGUUGUAAAAAUAAAAAAAAUGAAAAUAAUGUUAAUAAAUAUAAAUAAUGUUAAUAAUAAUGUUUAAAAUAGGAAAUUAUAUUGUGGAAAUUGCAAACGAAAUGAAAAACUUAUACUUCUCACUAAGAGGAAGGGUGUAAUAAUAUAGUCCUAAAACU